AUGGCCGAUCAGCUGCCAGAUAUCGCGGGGUACCUGUGGACUCAGGGUUUUGGACCCCGAGAGAUGGCCACCUUGGAGGUGGCAGAUAGCUGGGCCAUUGCUGGGCAGAUAGCUUUCGAGUUGAACGUACCUCACUCGGACAAACUUGAACAGGCAGUGGUGGAGAUAAUCGCUGCCGCUAAAGAGGAGCGGAACCUACUCCUCUGGACAGAGGGGGUUCUAGCUGGAGAUCUCGCCUGGAUGUCUCUCGCUAGUUCUUCCAGGGCACCACUGCGACCCUGGCUGGACGAUAGACCCCCUCCGGCAAAAAAGGUGAAGAAGCUCCUGGCCAGUGGUGAAGAGAGGGUCCUCUGGACGCGCCAUCUGGCCGACGAGCUGGACGCUAUAGGGGCCCCGGUCGUUAAGUCGAUAGGGGAGUGUCUGGACCCUGAUAGAGCCUACGAGAUGCUUCCAGGGAAGACACGCUCUUCCACCCUGAAGCGCUAUGUCACCAUGUACAAGAGGUGGCGGCUGUGGCUACAAGAGGCCAAGCGGGUGGACCCGCCCAGUAGACCGGCAGAUCUUGUGGACUACUUGCUGGUGCUAAGGGAUGAGCCCUGCGCCCGGACGGUCCCGGAUAGCCUGCUAAAGUCCAUCUCCUGGAUGGAGAGAGUGGGGGAGUUCAAGGCGGAGCUCCGCGCUACAAGUGGGCGGGUGGCCUGGGCAGCGAAGGAUAAGAUCGUCGAGGCCCUCUACGAGGGGGCGCCGCUGAUCAGAAGAGCGCCCCGAUAUCCUGUUAUGGUCUUGGUGGUCUUCAAGAGGGUGGUCCUCGACGAUAGCGAGCCGACGGGCUUGCGGAUAUAUGCCUGGGCAAAGUUGGUCAAAGUCUGGGCUUCGCUAAGGUGGUCAGACCUCCAGGCCAUCCGGUCAGGAGAGCUCAAGCUAGUGGAGGGCCGCUUGGUCACCACGCUACGAAGGACAUCAGGGCCGAACAGGCGCAUCAAGGAGAUGCCGCUAGGUGUGAGCGAGGCCGCCUUCUUUGAGAACCCGUCUUGGCUCCGGAUAGGCUUUGAGUUACUACAGUGGUUGGUGACCUUCAGCCGAGACUACUUGCUGCCCAAGCUAAACUUAGCGGUCUUCGAGAAAAAGAUGGCGGAGUACGCCGAUGCAGUGGUGGUGUCGGCAGCUAUCCUGCAGAGAGCAGGGAUGCCUGCGAUAGUGCAGGGUUUUUGGACGGAGCACUCCGAAAGGUCGGUGCUACCCACCGGGCUUAGCGUCCUGGGGGUAAAUGGGCCCGAGAAGGAUCUGUUGGGCAGGUGGAAGGUCCGAUACAUAUGCCAGGUCGUAUGGUGGAAGGGUCGCCAAGUUACAGUUGAAGUUCGCAGUGGCGGCCCGAAGGGAAACCGCUACCACACCUUGGAUGAGCGUGAGGUGGCGAGCUCACUGCAGGACUGGCUAAAG